UGACGCGUAUCAUGUUUUCAUCCCCCCAUUCACUGUGAUACGGAGUGUGGGUUUCAGUUACGUACGGACACGGCUCGUACUGGUACGGGGGACAACGGUAACAGGGCCCGUACUGGUACGACAAAACAGAGAAUCACUAGCAUAACGCUUUCAUAAGCGAGUGAAUGUGCUAUAGCGCUCUCAGACAGGUAUUGGUGCACCGGCGGUCUCCACGCGUUCAGUGCCACAUUUAGACAGACUUCACCAUGUGGACCACAGCCUCAGUGCUCGGGCUGCUGUGUGUUUUCCCGGUCCUGACUACAGCAUGUGACAACUCCGAUCCGUGCCAGUUUACGGGUGGUCAAGCGUACACCCCAACGGCCGAAAGGACGUCAUCCAACGGAGGCUUGGUUCAAACCUUGACCGUUGACAUCAGUGACGUCACUAUUGAAUGGCUGACCGUACAGAGGAGAACUUACAACGGAGGGUUUCCUGGGCCGACCUUUCGACUCAAGGCCGGAGACGACUUAAACAUUACCCUGGUGAACAACCUAGGUCCCCAGCCGGCGGGGGAACACAACGAGUUCCGGGACCCCAACACCACGAACCUGCACACCCACGGGCUGCACAUCUCACCCCUGGAGCCGCAGGACUACGUGCUACUGGAGGUUGGUCCCGGUGAGACGUACGAGUAUAAGUUCGAGCUGAACGCAGACCAGCAGGCCGGGACGUUCUGGUACCACGCACAUCACCACGGGUCGACGUUUUUCCAGGUUGCAAGUGGCCUGGCGGGGCUGUUGAUUGUAGAGGACGAACCGAGCUCCAUGUCUGCAGAACUAGCCGCCAUCUCCUGUCCCAACAACUGUAACAAGGAGGUUCCCAUGCUGCUGGGCAACUUUAUAGAGUACAGCGGGGGCGGGGCGACUUUCGCGUCCGUGCAGGAAGACAUUGGAGAUCCCUUCACCCUGGACGACACAGUGGUAACUACUGCGGGAGUGACGCUCAAUGCUUACCUGACGGACCAACAGACCGGGGUGUCAGCGUACAUGGUUAACGGACAGGUCCGCCCAACCAUCACAAUGCAGCCAGGCGAGAUCAGGCGGUUCCGUAUGGUGAACGCAGGUCCCUCAGACAUGCUGCUUCUCACCAUUACAGGCUGUGAGAUCACCAUCCUGGCGUAUGACGGUGUGUAUGUGGACACGCCCUACUCCCAGGACUUCAUCUUCAUCCCGACUGGAGGACGGUGUGACGCCGCUGUCAGAUGUGCAACGGCAGGAACCUACGAGAUGAGAUCAGGGGAAGAUACCGCUCACGAGCCAUCUAUCGGGGACACCGGUAUCUACGGAGGAGUCAUCGCCACCAUUGAAGUGACAGGUGCUUCAGUGUCCAUGAACUUCCCGACGGCAACGCCAGCGAAACCGUCCUACCUGGACGACCUGCAGAACGUAGCGAACUCCUCCAUCGGGGGCAGGUACGUGGUGGAGCUCGGGCCGACUCCCUUCCUGAACCGCGAGCAGUUUACAAACACCACGUACUUCCGAUACAACUUCGACGUGGACACCAUCCAGCAAUGGGUGUUUGUCAACAGUGACGAGGACUCAGGACAUCCUCUCCACAUGCACGUCACACACUUCCAGGUUAUCGCUUACAACGCCUACAACGGGGCUGUCACUGUGGGGGGCGGAGGUGGGGGUGGAGGUCCUGGACCAUUUGCGUAUUAUGACUUAAGCGGCAAUCUAUGCGACCAGCAGCACAGAGAUUUCGACCCGAACGCCAUCGUAGCUGACCCCAUCACCGUGGAUACGACCUACCUCGGCCAUGACACCAACGAUCGAAAUCUCGCGGGUUACGCGAGAAUUGGAGAGUUCCGAGAUGUGCUUCUGAUCCCCCCAUUGGCCAGCGUCACCGUCCGCUUCAAAGCCACCGACUACAUCGGUCCGUACGUCCUGCACUGCCACAUCCUGAACCACGAAGAUGAGGGAAUGAUGAUGGUGACAUACUCUACCCCAUCCGGCCAGGCCACGGCCAGCCCCUGGGAGUCUUCGGGCGGACACAACCCUGGAACCUGCAAGGCUACGGACGUGUACCCCGAUAUCCUGCAGAACACUAGCGACGGGAACAAACAUGCAGUCAAUACAUGGCUGACGGCUCUCUGGAUGCUGAUGGUGGCAUGUCUCAACCAUUUCUAAUAGACACGCAAAUAUUUCCUGGAGACAAUUUUUGCUUGUCUUUCCAACACAAUCAUACUUUGCCUGUGGAGCUAUAGUCUUUUUGUACUGAGAUAUAAACCU